UUGCUUUGACAAACAAUGUCUUCUCAUAAAGCCUUCAAAACGUUGAAGAAAGUCUUCCCCGCAGAGCCCACGUUCAUAUCGAACCAAGAAACCGCCGAGAAGAUUGUCAAAACCCUAAUCAAAUCAGGCAUUCAACCCCUCAAAUCAACAUCAUCAUCUUUGCUCUCCAGUCUCAAUCCCCACAUAACAAACCUAGUCCUCUCAAACCCACUCGUCCUACCACAUUCUUGCGUAAAAUUAUUCAACUUUCUCCAGAAAAAUCCAUCCCACAAACACAAUCUUAAAUCCCACGUUACCCUCCUUUGCAGACUUUAUCAAGCUAGAAAAUUUGCCCAGAUGAAGAUUGUACUGAAUGUUAUUGUCACGAAUGAUAAUCUUCGAUGCCCGGUUUCCGAAAUUGCGUCUCUGAUUGAGGAGGGGCCUAAUGGGAUGAAAUUUGCUGGGACAUUGUGCGAUAUGCUGUUCCGGGUUUAUGCAGAAAACAAAAUGGUUGAGGAGGCUAUUGGGGUUUUUGAUUAUGUGGGCAGGAAUGGGAUUGAGAUUGGAGAAAGGUCCUGCAUUGUGCUUUUGCUUGCAUUGAGGAAAUGUGGUCGGGUGGAUUCAUGUUGGAGGUUCUUCGAUCGAAUGGUCAAAAACGGUGUUCGAAUCACGGUUCUUACAUAUAACACAAUUUUGAAAGCAUACAUUGGAAGGAAGGAUUUUGAGGGCGUUAGUGAGGUUCUGAGGUUGAUGGAGAAGGAUGGUGUGGGUUAUAAUGUGGUGACAUCCACGCUUUUGAUUGAUUUGUUUGGUAGUUCUGAGAGGAUUGAGGGUGCUCAAAAGGUGUUUGAGGAAAUGCCUGAGAGAGGGAUAGAACCAGAUUUGUAUGUUUAUACCUCGAUUAUUAAUUGCUAUUGUAAAGCGGGAAAUAUGGAGAGGGCGUUGUUUCUGCUCAGUGAAUGUAAUCAAAGGGGGUUUGCACCAAAUGAGCAUACUUACGGGGUAUUGAUUAAUGGUGCGUGCAAGGCAGGGCAGAUGGAGAUGGCGGACAUCUUGGUGAAUGAGAUGCAGAGUAAAGGCAUUGACGUAAACCAAGUGGUGUUUCAUACACUAAUGGACGGGUACUGCAAAAAGGGGAUGAUGGAUGAAGCUCUGAAGCUGCGGGAUGUCAUGGAAAAGAAAGGGUUUCAAUUUGAUGUGUUUACGUACAGCACUGUAGCUAGCGGAUUGUGUAAAUUGAACAGAAAUGAAGAGGCAAAGGCUUUGUUGUUCACAGUGGAAGAAAGAGGCGUGACUCCAAACGCCGUGUGUUUCACUAUUCUGAUUGACAUAUUCUGCAAGGAAGGAAACUUAGACGAAGCAAAACGGGUAUUCAAUGAUAUGAAAAGGAAGGGAGAGAGACCUAACACUGUCACAUACAAUGCUCUAAUUGACGGGUAUAGCAAGAACGGUUACAUGAACAAAGCUCGUAAGCUAAAGAAGGAGAUGGAAGACAAAGGCCUGAGGCCUAAUACACGUACGUUGAAUACACUUAUACAUGGCGAAUGUGUUGACGGCAAGGUGGAUGAGGCACUGAAAUUAUUUCGUGAGAUGCCUCAGAGGAAUUUAACUCGCAAUGUUGUCACAUAUACAACUAUGAUUUCAGGUUUGUCGAAGAAUGGGAGAACACACGAAGCUCUUAAAUUGUAUGAUGAGAUGGAAAAAGCAGGCCUUACACCUGAUAAAAGACUAUAUCGACUAUAUCGUUCGCUUGUGGACUUAGUUGGCGUAGCCGAAAGAGAAGAAUUAAGCUGAAGAACACCGUCUUCAAUUGUAUAAGAACAAAGAGAAAUCGAGAGUAGGGUAGUGACAAGGAUUUAAGGGAAGUAGAGAAAUUGUAGAUAAAUAUUAGAAGCACAGCUGAUUAUACUGUAAGCUGAGAGGAAUACGGAUAGAGAUUUUUUGUGUUGCAGAAUACGAGGAUUUCAAUUUCUAUUGUGAUGCUUUUGAA